GCCGCGAAUCUGCGCCAGGCUAUGCAAGGCCGGUCAGGAUGGGCCGGCCUUGUCCAUAAUCGCAAAGUUUUUGCUGUUGCUGUCUUCGCUUCCAUUGGUGGCCUUCUUUAUGGCUACAACCAGGGUGUCUUCUCUGGUGUGCUCGACAUGUAUACAUUUGACCAGCGCAUGGCGAGCGCUGUUGACAAUCCAGGCUUGAAAGGCUGGCUCGUCGCCAUCCUCGAGCUUGGCGCCUGGUUUGGUGUCCUCUGCACCGGCUACUUGGCUGACAAGCUGUCUCGAAAAUAUGCCAUCGUGCUUGCUGUCUGCGUCUUCUGCGUUGGUGUUAUUGUCCAAACGACCGCAUACCAGCCCUCGUCUAUCCUUGGUGGCCGGUUUAUCACAGGUUGGGGUGUCGGUUCACUCAGUAUGUCCGUACCGCUGUACAAUGCCGAAAUUGCUCCUCCUGAAGUCCGCGGCAGUCUCGUCGCCCUUCAGCAGCUCGCCAUCACGUUUGGUAUCCUGAUCUCCUUCUGGAUCGACUAUGGCACGAACUACAUUGGUGGCAACGGAUCCACUCAGAGCGAGGCUGCAUGGCGGCUUCCUCUUGCGCUUCAGCUUGUGCCCGCGAUAGUGCUAGGUGUCGGUAUUCUUUUUAUGCCCUUCUCUCCAAGAUGGCUUGUGAACCAAGGGCGAAACGACGAGGCCAUCGCCGUCCUCGCGAAGGCACGCCAACUGCCAAUUGAGUCGGACCUCGUACAAAUCGAGUACUUGGAGAUUCGAGCACAAUACAUAUUCGAGAAAGAGGUCAACGCCGAAAAAUAUCCCCAGUACCAGGAUGACUCGUUAUCCUCGAACUUCAAACUCGGUUUACACGCAUACGCGAGCCUUUUCACGAGCAAGACUCUCUUGAAGCGCAUUGCUACCGGCUCCUUGACAAUGUUCUUCCAGCAGUGGACUGGUGUGAACGCCAUCCUCUACUACGCACCGUCAAUUUUCGGAGACCUUGGUCUCACUGGCAAUGCAACGAGUCUACUUGCCACAGGUGUCGUCGGUAUUGUUAUGUUCGUUGCCACGAUACCCGCCGUUAUUUGGGUCGACAAGGUUGGGCGUAAGCCUGUGAUGAUUUCUGGGGCACUCAUUAUGGCUGCAUGUCACAUAACCAUCGCCAUCCUGACCGCGCUUUACCAGUCGGACUGGCCGGCGCACUCGAGAGCCGGUUGGGCCGCGUGUGCGCUCGUGUGGGUGUUCUCUGCAGCGUACGGGUACAGCUGGGGCCCUUGCUCGUGGAUCAUCGUCGCCGAGAUCUGGCCCCUGAGUAUCCGUGGAAAAGGGAUCUCCGUCGCUUCGUCGUCCAACUGGAUGAACAACUUCAUCGUCGGGCAAGUCACGCCCACGAUGCUUACCGAAAUCACCUACGGCACGUUCCUCUUCUUCGGGUGCAUCACCUUCCUCGGCGCCAUGUUCAUCUGGCUGCUUGUUCCCGAGACCAAGGGCCUCACGCUCGAAGAGAUGGAUGACGUGUUCGGCGACGCCGAGGGCAUUGCUGCAGCAGACAAGGAGCGCCAGGCCAGGAUCGCGGAUCAGAUUGGCCUCGCGGCGUAUGGCCAGAGUGCUGCUACUAGCGACACUGAGAAGGGGAGCAGCCACAGGGAGGAGCAUUACGACGACAAGCUCGCCAAGGCUUGAGCGCUAUGGUUAUCUUCUGAAAAAGAACAGCGUGGUUAUCAGCGGCUCGGUUGUGGGUUUAAUAUUUGGUGACAGAGUGUUGGUUGUAAAGUGACGAGCGAUUGCUGUCUCGAACGUUUGACUGUGGCUGUAAUUUACUUAUACUCGUAUGUCUUGAAUAACGUAUGCAUAUGUAUUUU